UAAACUACUUUUUUACUGAAAUUAAUUUUAAAUUUAAUCUCGAUUCAAUCCAUAGAGUGCGUUUAUUCCCUCAAACGUUUCUAACAAUUCCCCAUCUUAAUUUGUUAUCAGGUGCCGAAAGCAUUAUUUUAUGCCCACUUCCAGCUCUGUGUGUUUAAAUGCUGCGUGCCACUAUGAGCUCCAGCCACUGUGACGUCAGCGCCGAAACACUGAGGUAAACAAGCGAUUUUCAGCAGCGUGCGCCUCUGCCGGAGCACUCGGCCUGCCCAAACCACUUCUGAUAGUUACCCAGCGUUUGAUCCGAGGACUUGAACAGUGCUCUGCCUGCUUUUCUUCUGUCAGUGACCGCGUCUCUCUGAAGAGCAUCGCACACAGACGGAACGCUCAAAAAUGUCUAUGAAGCCGGAGGCAGAUUCGGAGGGCAGCUGGUACGAGGACGAUUUUGAGAAGAUUGACCGCUUUGGGAGUACCACCACCACCAGCCGUGGCGACUUGGGAGUGGAACGGCAAGUGAGAGACUGGGAGGACGAGUCAAGUGAAGAGAAACAGUUUUCCAGCCAUCCCGAAAGCGACCGGCAACCGCUCCCCGUUGUCAUGGAAACUGCUUCCACAGAUAAGUCAAAUUUAAACUUCCAGAAGUCAUCUACUGAUGAUAGGGAUGACCUGUACACCUCCCUCUUGUCCAAUCAAAGCUAUGCCUCACAUGAAGACACCUCUUACUUUUCUGGCAGUCUGGGCAGAUCUGGUGACAAAAAUACAUCCAGCAGGGAAGACUUCACCUUUGGAUCCCAUUCCCAGUUGACCUCAGACUCCGGCAUCAAGAUAAACCCCAGUGCAGACCAGACUGACAGCUCUCACAAGAUACAUGACUCUGAGAAAUCUUUUGACUCUUUUUACAACUACAUGGACAUCAGUCGUAAAGAGGACUCCUGUAGCUCACAGCGCCCCUUUGAGGAGUGGGGGAUGAGUGGCCUCUCAGAGCCCACCCAGUACACUAAACUGGAGAAGAGCCCAUCACCGGUAGAAGUGGACAUUGAAGACAUCGGCUCUGCUGCAAUUCUGGACUCUCAGACCUUCCCAUAUGUAGAGGAACCAUCUGAUGAAGAGCUGUCUGAUUACCAGCCCUAUCGGUCUCCAGGUACCGGCAGUAGUGCCAGCCCAGUAAAAAUCACCCUGACAGAAAUGCCACCUACAUCUGUAUCGCCCACCACAGUCCAGCACAGCCCUACGUUUACAGUGUCAGAGAAGGAGAGUAUUCUGAGUCUGGGGCUGGAGGGAGUGCCAACCGUCACCCUCUCAGAGCCUGAGGAUGAAAGCCCUGAGUCAUCUACACCCCCUACAGAAGAGUCUGACUCUUCUUUGGAUCCAAACAUCCAGCCUGGUGAAAUUAAAAUAAUGAGCUCCACCCAAGACAAGACUCAAACAUCUCCCAUCUCACCCUCUCAACCUACUUCCAAGCAGGACAGUUCCCCAGUGGAGAUGAAGUCUUCUCCCCCAAAACCCACCUUGCCUCCUUCCCCCCAGGAUGUUGAGGGUAGCAGUACCGAAUCUGGCGACUCUGAGAUUGAGAUGGUGUCUGAAGAGCCUAGUCCACGAGCUCCCAGCACUGGCUACAUGAGCUUCAGUAAGAGUCCCAGCACAACUUCAUCUACCACAGUACCUUCCACAGCGCCCAUCCCAUCUUCUACCCCUGCGUUUGCCCUAAGCACUGCCAUGCAGUACAGCAUCUUGAGGGAGGAACGUGAAGCAGAGCUGGACAGUGAACUGGCUCUGGAGUCCUGUGGAGAGGAAAGUCCCAAAAGAUUGACCCACGACUCCAGAAAGGGUUUCAAGGAGACCCCACAGCCAGUAAAAAAAACCACAACCCCGACUUCAGCAACUAAAGAACCAAUCGUGACUCCCACUGCACCUCCUCCAACCAUUUCGGCCCCAACCAGUGCUCCUAAAGAGAAGACAUCCACCAUGGAAGAGAAGCCCAAACCCAGCAGCACAACCCCAAGCCUGGGCCUGCCAGAGCUGAAGGUGGAGCAUCCUGCUGGAGAGGUGCACCAGAAAGAAAGGAGACGGUCCAGCCAAGCCCGCAGGGGCUCUGAGAGAAUGACUGCACCACCAGCCGUUUUCCAGGGUCUAACCAGGGAGAAAGUGAUGGAGUUGCUGUACUGGCGGAACCUGAAGCAGAGUGGGCUGGUGUUUGGCAGUUUACUGCUGCUGCUUUUCUCUCUGACGCAGUUCAGUGUGGUCAGCGUGGUGGCCUAUCUGGCUCUGGCCGCCCUCUCUGCCACCGUCAGCUUCAGAGUUUACAAGUCCGUGCUGCAGGCUGUGCAGAAAACAGAUGAGGGACAUCCCUUCAGAGCAUAUCUGGAGGUGGAGAUGUCACUGUCCCAUGAUCAGAUGCAGAAGUACGCAGAAAACGCCCAGUACUAUAUCAACAGCACACUGAAAGAACUGCGCAGGCUGUUUCUGGUGCAGGAUCUGGUGGACUCACUAAAGUUUGCAGUGCUGAUGUGGUUGCUGACCUAUGUGGGAGCCCUCUUCAAUGGACUCACUCUUCUUAUUAUGGUGGUGGUGUCCAUGUUCUCGAUGCCUGUGGUCUAUGAGAAAUACCAGGCACAGAUUGAUCAGUAUCUGGACCUAAUAAGAACCCACUGA